AUAAGGCGGGUCUUCCAGAUUCUUCCAGAAGUGAGACAUUCUAUGGAAUCUCUUGAGACCCGGAGUGAUGUCUCCUCUGAAGCUCCUCGCCCUCGUAGCUCUUGGCAUGGUGAUCAUCUCGGCCCUUUGUCAAGGUAUGCCGAUACGCACCGUGUCCUGCUGCACCAAGUUGGCCAAACACAUACCGAAGAACUUGUUGAAGAACGUGAUGAAGGUCCGUUUCCAGAAGAGGGAUGGCCUCUGCAACCUGCGCGCCAUUGUGUUAUAUGUGGGCAGACAACAGAAGUGUGUGGACCCCAACAACAAAGCCCUGAUUGGCUGGAUAAAGAAGGCCCGACCAGCCAAGUACUCCUGAUGUGACUGAGAGUAGAAGAAGGACAUCUACUGCCCCUUGUGGACUGUAUAUUCCGUACAUUGGGGAGAAAAGACUGAGUAGAUGUCAGAGCUUUGUGUGUAUUAUACUAUUCUGUAUUAUAGAAUGAUGUACAGGAUACAAAGGAUCGCCCAGACUACUCACUGUUACAAUGUUAUUACACAUAGUAUGAGUUAAUAUGUUCUCAAACUUUGAA